CAAACGAACAUGGGUGGCUUUAAUUUUCAAAAUGUUAAUACCAAGUCAUUUUUUAUCUCUGCCUGUGGUGUCCGUGAUAGAAAAAAUCAGAGGAAGUCACCAGGAGAGAUUAACAAGAAAUGGAACUGUGAGUGUGACAUUGAUGAAGAGGAGAUCAUGGAACUACAAUCAGAUAAAUCUGAGCUUGAUUACGAAAGGCAAAGCUCUAAAAUAGACUCAAAAAUGGACUCAUCAGAGAGUAGUUACAAGAGAGAAACAUGGAGUAGAAAAGCUGAUUUUAUCUUAUCCAUUGUAGGAUAUUCUGUAGGAGUAUCUAACAUUCUUAGAUUUCCUUACUUGUGUGUUCGUAAUGGAGGAGGUGCUUUCCUGAUACCAUUUUUCUUCUUCAUCAUAUUUUGUGGGCUUCCAUUGUUUUAUCUGGAAAUAUGUCUCGGACAGUUCUCUGGAGUUAGCUCCCUUUUUGUAUGGAAUAUGUGUCCCUUAUUCAAAGGUCUGGGAUAUUUAAUGGUAACAGUUUCAGCUUUAAUGAGUUGGUAUUACAUUACGAUGUUGUGCUGGAUCAUAUAUUAUUUCUUCAACUCUUUCAAAGAUCCAUUACCGUGGUCACUGUGUGACCAGAGCUGGAAUGAGGCUGGUUGUAUUCUGAGUAGACUUUCAACAAAUACAACAGUCGUGAAUUGUUCUGAAGUUUUCAUGGGACAUAACUAUAUACAAGAGAAUGGAACAUAUACUUGUAAUGUAUCAAAUAUUGAAUUACAGACAGCUCCUAAACAGUUUUGGCAAAAUAAUGUGCUUCAUAUAUCCAAUGGUAUAGAAGAAUCUGGUAACGUCCAAUGGCAUUUAGUUAUUUGUUUAUUAGUUGCCUGGAUACUUGUGUUUCUUUGUUUAAUGAAAGGAAUUAAGUCUGUAGGAAAGGUUGUGUAUUUCACAGCUAUAUUACCAUAUGUACUAUUGACUAUAGUAUUUGUAAGAGGACUGAUGAUGCCGGGAUCUAUUGAUGGUAUUAUAUUCUACCUUAAACCUGACUUCAGCAGGUUAUUAGACAUUCAGGUAUGGUUGGAGGCAGGACUACAGGUUUUCUACUCACUAGGUCCAGCUUGGGGAGGCUUGAUAACCAUGUCAAGUUAUAACAAGUUUGAUAACAAUUGUCUAAGGGAUGCUAUCAUAGGAACAUUAGCAGACACUUUGACAAGUUUCUAUGGAGGCUUUGUUAUAUUUGCCAUCCUGGGAGCCAUGUCAUAUGAAGCUAAACUGCCAAUAACUGAAGUUGCUACAUCAGGUCCAGGUUUAGGUUUGGUGGCCUACCCUGAAGCCAUUAACAAAUUACCGAUGCCACAAGUUUGGGCAGUUAUAUUUUUCCUUAUGCUAUUGUUUCUUGGUAUUGAUAGUCAGUUUGGAACAUUUGAGACAGUAUGUAGUGGAUUAGUAGAUGCAUUCCCACAGAAGUUAGGCAAGAGGAGAAUAUUACUAACAGCCUCUCUGUCAUGUGUCCUGUUUCUAUUAGGCCUGCCAUUUACAAUGAAUGGAGGAAUGUACCUGUACCAGAUAGUAGACUGGUAUGCAGCCUCAUUGUGUGUCAUGCUGACAUCAUUCCUGGAGUGUAUUGUUAUAGGAUGGAUUUAUGGUGCAGAGAGAUUUAGCAGAGACAUUCAAUUAAUGCAGGGACGACCAGCACCUAAGAUAUUCAGGGUUUGUUGGUGUAUAGUGACUCCUGCUAUUAUGUUGAUAGCUUUUAUCAUGACAUUAACACAGUACCAGCCACCUACAUAUGAGGGAUACCAAUAUCCUGUGUUUGCUAGGGCUUUGGGCCUCUUGUUGGCAGUAGUUCCACUAAUACCACUUCCUAUUCUUAUGAUUAUACAGUUUUUACAGACUCCAGGAACAUUCUGGGAGAGACUUCAGACAUUGCUGAGACCGUCAAAAGACUGGGGACCUCACCCAGAUCACCUUAAAGAGGACUAUCAGAAUUCCUAUUGUCAUCACAAAAGUCAUAAUGUCUGGAACUACAUGACGACAAACAUAUUUGGACCACCUACAUGUAAACUGUAGCAUAGAACAUGAUAGUAAUAGAAUAUGUCACCAUGAUAUAUGGCCCCUCAAAGAAGUCAUAUUAUUUCAUGUCAUAUGGACAAUCAGAAUCCAUACAAUGUUCAUUCAGGAAAAUUUUAUCAGGUGAUGCCAUUUAAAAUAUGGUUAAUUAGACAAAUAUCUCUAGUAAGGUUAGUGGGAGAGAUAUGGCUUUUUUUUCAAAAGUGCCAAUUUAUCAGCAGUCUUUCUAUCUAGAUACUAUUAUGUUAAUCUGAUCCAAUCAAAAAAGAAUUUCUUUACUUUAAAGUUUCAUUAAAUAUUUGGUUUACCCUACUGUUAUGAAUUUCAGCAGGAAGAUUCUAUUCUAGAGGGCAAGCUUGUUGAUUUUUCUCAUUUGACUAAACAAAUUAAAACAAGUGGUUCAUUGAAAUCUGAUAGGAUAAUGUGGAUAGAUUGUAGAGAGGAAUUUGUGUGUAUCUACCCCAAGUAUGGCAGCAAAGACAAAUAAUUCUUACUUAAAUUAUGUUAAUUGAUGACUACUGUAAAUUCAGAAAUUAUUGCGUGCAUUUAUUAUUGCGAUUUUGUCAUUUUAGACUAAAAUGAGAUUUUAUUGUUGCAAUAUUGAGAAAAAUCCUGUUUAAUUCAUAUAAAAAUUUCAAAGUGCAAGUUUAAAUUAUUGCGAUUAUAACCCUGUCACAUUUUUCGCAAUAAUAAAAACCACACUAUAAUUUCUGAAUUUAUAGUAUAUAUAUAUAUAAGUGAUACAGUAUAAAAAAAAAUAUGUCCAAUAAACUAUUCUGCUCUUCUGUUAUGAUUAAUGUAUGAUGACAUUGAUGAUUAUCUUCAUAUACGUCCUGCCAGCAAAUUAGAUCAUUACUUCAUAGUGCAUUCUUUUACAUGGUGUAGUCUCCUCUUUUUGAUAUUUUUAUGUGCAUUCUAUAGAGUUCAUUUCACCUAUGAAUGCAAACAAAAUUAAGAAAAAUGUUUCAAGUGUUUCAAAUGAAUGUUAUUAUCAUGAAGUAUGUUCUGCUUGAUUUUCUCCCUGCCUUACUACUAGCCAAAAUUUUGUUUAAGUUGUCUAAAAACAUCAAAUCGCUUAAAUCGUUAAAGUAUUGACAUUUAAAAUUGAUAAUUCAUCUUCGUGUUUCUAGAUUGGUAAAUAAGCAAAUAUUGCUGUUACAUGAUGUACAAGUACUUUAAUGUUGUCUCAUUGGCAAUCAUACCACAUCUCCUUAUUUUUAUAUUGAUAUGAUUUACCAUCUUUUGCCAACUAAUGGCUAUUUCAUGGUGGUCACUAUUUAUUUGUGGGCGAAGCUCAGAGAGAACCACCCACCUUCCACAGGAAAACUGACAAUUCUAGUAAAUUAAGAUUGGAGUCCAACGCACCUGCUACCUGUGGGGUUCAAACUCAUAACCUCAGUGUUGAUAGGCUAUUAAUACAAUAGUUGUACUUCUUAGACCACUCAGCAACCGAGGCCCUUCUGCCUUCUAAACAAACUGAUCAUCAUAAUAUAGCUAGGAGUGCUGCAAGUUGCCAGCAAUCAAUCAAUUAAACAAUAAAAGUACAUAUGUGAUAGUGAUGAAAACAAUAUCUUAACUAAUUGUUAUCUGUAUACUAUGUUGUGGAUCUGUUUUAUAGAAGUGCUAAAAAUCAUCAUUAAGUGCUAUGAAAUGUGAAGUAUACUAUUGUUAUUCAUUGCUUUUUUAUUUUGCCUUUUUUUUUGACGAGGGCUUUAUUGCCAGUCAAGAUUGUUAAAUACACCAAUUAUUUAUUUGUUCAGUUCAUAAAAAACUUUUUGUUUGUUUAUUCUUAUUUUGUCAUUUAGGCCAUAUGGAAAUAUAGAUUGUUUUGCAUCGCUGCCAAUUCACAUGCUUUCUGCAUGAAGUAUAUGCCAUUUUGUUGAGCCUGCGAAAUUUAUUUCACAAAAUUGAGACAUAGCGAUCCUAGAUUCUAUUGUUGGCGCCGUCAACAUUUUGGUUCAGUCUGUGGUUAAAGUUUUUUUAGACAUCAAUAACUUUGUCAAACCUACAUGGAAUUUUAUGAAAUUUGGACAGAAGCUUGUUUUUGACCAAAAUACAGUAUCCAGAGCAAAAUUAUUAAAAUAUUUAUUUUCAUUUUUCCCUACUUUACUGAUAAAUGGACUUAGUUUUUUUACAAUUUAACAAGUAGAUACAGUCUGAGGUUAACUUUUUUCAGUCAUCAAUAACUUUGUCAAACCUUAAUGGAAUUUUAGGAAAUUUGGACAGAAGCUUAGUUAUGACCUAAAUACAGUAUUCAGAGCUUUUCCGUAUUUAACUGAUAAAUGGACUUAGAUUUUUUUACAUUUAACAAAUAGAUUCAGUUUGGGGUUAAAGUUUGUUACACAUCAAUUACUUUAUCAAACCUUCAUAGAAUUUUAUGAAACUUUGGCAGAAGCUUUUUUAUGAUUAAGACAUAAUGUCUAAAACAAAUCUUCAAGACCAUAAAAUAGCUUCCAAAGAAAAAGUUUGAUUUUUUUUUUUAAAUUCUGUGUUUAACUGAAUAAGGGACUCACUUUUUAAGUCGACAUUACACUUUUACACUGACAGCAGCAAUCGCAGGCAAGACACAUGGUUCCAUGGAACCCCUUACAAAUUUUUUUAAUUGGUUACACAUUAUAUUUUCGUUACACAGCAUGUUCAUGCAUUCCAUGUCUUUACAUGCUAUCACACACAUUCUUGUACCUUAUUGUACUGAUACAGAUUUUCAGUUGUUAGUUAUUUACUUUCGGUUUGAAAUACUCUUAUCUUUUUCCUUUGAUUGUUAAUUAUAUUAAGGUAUUGAAUGGUUUCUGCUACAAAGUUAAAACAUUUUUCCUUGCUGGAAAAUGACUGUUGUUUGAAAUAGAUCGUUUUCCUUGUCCUCUAGCUUUAUAUACAGAAGAAGAGGUACUAUUUUUCCUAUCAACAUGUAAGGGAAUCAGAGUUUAAUGUGGAUAAAAGAAAGUGAUCGUGUGCCAAACAAUUUAUAAGACUAUUUAUAGCAUUGAGACACAAUUUUCAAACUUUGUUGCAAAGCAUAAUUUUCCUAAGCAAAUUGUUAUCAUAAAAAUGUAAACAAUACUAUUUUUGUCAUGAAUAGGCAUUAAGCUGUGAUGUUUUGAAUUAGCUAUCAGAAUUUGAAUUGCAAGUUUUUAUUUUUGUGAAACCUAUGCUGUGGCUUUUUUCACAAUUGUUUAAACAAUGCAAAAAUUUAUAAACUUACUUUAAUCCUUUUCAUUGAUCUCAUGUAAAUGUUUAUUUUAUCAAACAUUUUUUGUAUCUCAUUAUUUAGCAUUCAUCAUUAUAUAUGUGUUAUAUUGUAAAAGUAGUCAUUGUCAUGGUGCAGACAUUUUUCUAUUCUUAGUAUAUAUAGUUGUGCAAUCUGAUAAGUGUUACAAUGAGUGCUCUAGGAAAAUUGAUAAUAAUACAAUUUUGUAUAGUAUAUAUAACCAGGAUUAUGAAGUGACGAACCAAAGGGGAUUUAUUUUUUCUUAGAUUUUAAAUUUGAAUAUUAAUGUUUAAUCCUUGCAUAUAAAGUUUGCAAGUAACCAUGGAAUCAACUGUAAUAGUAAAAAGCUAAAUAUUUGCUAUUUCAAAAACAAUUAUAAUCAGUUUUGUGUUUCUUAGAUUUUAAAUUUAAUUUUUUUUAUGGAUUUAUAUUUUUAUUAAAAAUUAUCUACACACAAAUUAUCUACUGUUAGGAUAAGGUAUAAAAAGGCCACUUUUUUGUCCUUUUGUAUUUGAAAUCAAUAACUAUAAAUGCAUCAAAUAACAUCUUUUGUUAAUAUAUUUUUAAUUUUUCAGUGACCAAAUAAAGACUCUUAUCGUAUAUCCCACUUUUAUUAUUAAACAGAAUAUUUUAUCAUCCAAGUUUUUUUUUGUAUAAAUUCAAGAUUCAUGAUAAUACAGUGAAAAAUUACUCUUUUUUUUAUAACUAGCUUAAUUAAUUGUGUAUUGACUAAUAUUUUUAUAAACAUUGUGAUUUUGUGCUAUUAGUAUUAUUUGUCUAAAUGAAAGUUUUGUUGUACAUGUGAUCUGUAUAAUUUGAUUUUAGUUUGUGUUAUAGCUAGUCUUUAUUUGUUUGUUUUUUUUCCCUUGUUUGAUCGAAUGUGAAUAAUAUGUUCUGUAAAGAUAAUGCAUUCCAUUUGAAAUAAAUAUUUUUAAAGAAAAAUA